AUGAGUAGGAGAAGGGCUGAGAUUGAUACGUCGGCGCCUUUCGAGUCGGUGAAAGAUGCGGCGAAUCGAUUUGGUGGAAUAGGAUUCUGGAGACCCAGUUAUCAAAAGCCCCAAGAACAUUCCUCUCAGAAAGGUAGUGAAAUUCUUGACAUUGUAAAUAUGGAGGAACAGGCUGCACAGUUGGAAACAGAGUUGAUAAUGAAAGAAAGAGAGACCCUAGAUGUUUUGAAGGAACUGGAAACCACUAAAAACACUGUCGAAGAACUAAGAUUGAAGCUGCAGGAAGAAACAUCAGAAAUAAAUGCAGCCCUCAAUGCAGAAACAGAUGAUAAAAAUGUGAAUUCUACUGCAGAAAUGGGAGAGAAGUCUGUUCCACGUUCCAUUUUACUGGAACUGGAACAAGCUAAAUUGAACUUAAGCCGGACUACUAACGAUCUUGCAGAUAUUCGAGCUACGGUUGAUUUCUAUAACAAGAAAAUAGAGAAAGAAAGAAUGUCGCUUGAAAAGACUCGUCAAAGGUUGUCUUCCAAUACCUCAAAAAUUUCAUCACUUGAGAAAGAGUUAAACCAAACAAGACGGAAAGUACAGCUGGUAAACGAUAAUGAAGGCGAAAGUAGUCCCCGUGAUCCCUUGGAUGUUACAAGGGAGCUGCAAAAGUUAACUUCUGAGACGGAGAAGUUUAAGAAUGUAGGAGAAGCUGCAAAGGCAGAAGUUUUGAGAGCAAUGUCCGAGAUUCAACAGACGAAAUCUCGGAUUAAGACUGCUGAGAAAAGAUUGAUUGCUGCUAAAAAAAUGAAAGAAGCAGCAAGGGCUUCUGAAGCUGUGGCACUUGCUGAAAUCGAAGCACUGUCGAAGAGUGGAAACUUGUGUGAAGAUGUUCAGCAAAAAUCGGAACGUGUAACUAUUACUGUUGAGGAGUAUUCAUCUUUGAUCUCGAGGGCUCGAGAAGCAGAGGAAGCCUGUAAUGGGAGAAUAGUGGAUGCAAUGCUUCAAGUUGAUGAAGCUGAUGUGUCGAACGCAGAAAUUUUAAAGAAGGUAGAGGAAGCAACCGAAGAAGUUAAAAUAAGCAAAAAGGCUUUGGAAGAGGCAUUGAGUAGAGUGGAAGCAGCAGAUAGUGGUAAAUUGGAAGUUGAAGAGGCUCUUCGGAAAUGGAGAUCCGAGCAUGGUCAGAAAAGGCAUAAUGUACAAAACUCUUGCAAAUUCAAGAACUCUCAUACAUCGUCACACAAUAGGAGGGAGAAGGAGUCUCGUCUUCUUGACAUAAAUGGUCUGAAUCUGGUUAAUGACGAGGUAAAACCAGUCCUGAGGCCAACUCUGUCAAUCGGGCAAAUAUUAAGCAGGAAACUGCUUCUGGCAGAAGAUUUUGAGAAUGGAAUGCAGGAAGAAAAUAGCAUGUGGAAGCGUAAGGUGUCAUUAGGCCAAAUGAUCGGUAAACCUAGUGCUGAUUCUCAUUCUACUGAGAAAGCAGGGAAGGAAAACAGUCGCGAACCACUCCCAGCAAAGAGGAAGAAGUUUGGUUUUGCUCGAAUCUCACUCCUUGCGACGAAGCAAAGUCAGAAGAAGAAGAAAAAGACAACUAGUUCAGGUUGUCGAAGCGUGCAAAUCGACUGA